GAGCUGAAGCAUAAAGACAUGCGACUUCUCGGGUGCAACGGCCGUCAGAGUCAUUGAACGCUUGCAUUUUCCUGGGCCAAAAACGCAGAUCAUAAACCACAGACAGACAGCCAACUUUUGGCUUUGGUUAAAGUUAACAAACUCGGUGAAUUAGAAAAUUAGCAAGCCAUGGUGCUGGCCACGCCCCCCGUUAAUAAGGGCAGCAAGCCGGGCAACUGUUUCAUGGACCAGUACCAGCAGUAUUCCGCCCACUGCGAGACCGCGGACAGUGGCAACGGCAGUGACCUGGAGAGCAACGGCCCCCCCGCCAAGCCGGACGACAGCGAGGAGAGCGGUCCCUCCUCCCUGGGCAGCGACUCCACGGAGUACGUUCGCCAGUCGGCCUCCCAGCCUAGCGGUCAGCGGCAGCGGCAGAAGUCCCUCCGGGUCCUGGGCUCCCUGCUGCCCGACAGUCUGCUGCGGGACAUUCGCGAUCGCCGCAGCUCGGAGUACGUGGUUCAAUACUCCCCGAAGGAGGAAAAAAAGUUAAAGGAGACCCGCCUGACCCGCGAGUCGCUGAGCGAGGAGAAAAUCGAAGAGCUCCGGGCGGCCGUCGAGCGGGCCAACUUUGUGCAAACCGGUGAGGAGUCGCUGGACAGCAUCGAGGCCACCGCUCAAUCUCUGCCAGCCACCAACAUUGGCAACAGUGGACGCAGCAGCAGCAACAUCAACUACAAGUAUGCAGACGACCAAUACUACAGCUUUCACAUUAACGAGCACGAGAACUUUGGCGGCUUCUCGCGAAACGGAGGCGACUCCAAUCGGGACGAGGAGAAUGGGAGUCUAACGGAGCAGGCAGAUCUCUUCGCCGGAUACCGGGAUGUGCGGUGCGGACCCAGUUCUACCCAGUCCACCAUCCGAUCCGCCAAGGGGACCGUGCGGGGCGUCAAGAACCGUGUGCGCAAUGGAAUAGCCACGUUCUUGCAACUCCACCAGCAGCCGAAUGCCAAGAACUUCAAGGAGAAAGACCUGGGCAAGGUGGUGCUGUACACCACCAGCAUGGGCAUCAUCCGGGACACCUACACAAAAUGUGCCAACGUGAAGCAGAUUCUACGCACCCUGCUGGUGAAGUUCGAGGAGCGGGACGUCUUCAUGAGCGUGGAGUACCAGGCGGAGAUGCGCCAGCGGAUGCAGACUACCCAGGUCCGGGUGCCGCAGCUCUACGUGGAGGGCCAGCACAUCGGAGACGCGGAGACGGUGGAGCGGCUGAACGAGUCCGGCGAACUGCGACAGCUGCUGAAGCCCUACAAGUCCAUUGCCAGUACGCUCACCUGCCAGACCUGCGGCGGCUACCGCCUGCUGCCCUGCCCCUCCUGCAACGGAUCGAAGAAGUCCGUGCACCGCAACCACUUCACCGCCGAGUUCGUGGCCCUCAAGUGCAUGAACUGCGACGAGGUGGGCCUGGUCAAGUGCCACAACUGCUGAGCCAAUCCGAGCUGAAGAGUCCUCUGUACAUCUCCGUAGCUGUAAGCCCAGUUAACUGUAGUCACCAGUAAGGAACAAUCGGAAUAUCCUAGGCCUAAGUAGUAAAUAGUUUAAAAUCAAAA